AUGGCCGAGGCGAAGGAGCUGGAAUAUGUGCACGAAGUAUACAAUGAAAUUGCCCCGCAUUUUUCACAGACUCGUUACAAGCCCUGGCCCAUAGUGACGCAGUUUCUACAAAACCAGGAAACGGGCAAUAUUGGCAUCGACGUUGGCUGUGGGAAUGGUAAGUAUUUAGAUGUGAACCCCAACGUUUUUCUGAUUGGGUCAGAUCGCUCGUGGCGGCUGGUUGAACACGCACACGAGCGGCUUCCACAAUGCAACGUCUUGGUGGCAGACGGCAUGCGCUUGCCUCACCGGGACGCCAGCUUCGACUUCGCAAUCUCCAUAGCUGUAGUUCAUCAUUGGUCGACGCGUGAACGGCGUGUGGAGGCAAUUUCUCACAUUAUCAGCAAAGUUAGGCCCCAGGGAACUGCACUGAUAUACUGUUGGGCGCUGGAACAAGCUGGAUCCCGCAGAGGCUAUCACGAUGGCAUGGAGCAAGACGUGUUGGUACCGUGGGUACUACAAGGAAAAUACGCGCAGAAUCAGACCGCUUUAGAUAAAGGUAAGAAGAGCAAGCUGAAAGGCCCCGACUUGACACACGUUCCGCCACAGGAACGUGCUGCAGUUGUUGCCCAAUGGAAGCUCGAUCAAGAGGCCCAGAGGGCUGAACAAGAAGCAUUGGAAGCACAGCAGAAGCAAGAAGCCCUUCAAGAGAAGGCGCAAAGUACAAAGUAUCGCUACUACCAUCUUUAUCGGGAAGGUGAGCUCGAACAAGACUGUGUAAGCGCAGGAGGCAAAAUCCUAGGAACCGGUUACGAAAAAGACAAUUGGUAUGUCAUCGUACAGCGGCAGUAA